GCCUCUUUUGUUUUUCUGAGUAUUAAUUUUUCUUGUCAAACACGAUCAACACUGAGAGAUUUAGAUUUAACAACCAGCGUCACCGUUCGCUCUCACUCAGAGAUUUCAACAAAUCGCUCGUACUCGUUCUCAUUGAGGGUAGAUUUGAUUUGGGAUUUUGAGAAUGUCUAAGACUGUGGAUCUUCCUCCUAAGGGUGGCUUCAGUUUUGAUAACUGCAGAAGAAAUGCGAUGCUUCAAAAGAAUGGCCUUAAGGGACCGUCGUUUUUGAAGACUGGGACGACUAUUGUUGGUUUAGUAUUUCAGGAUGGUGUAAUUCUAGGAGCAGAUACUAGAGCAACUGAAGGACCCAUAGUUGCUGAUAAAAACUGUGAGAAAAUUCACUAUAUGGCACCCAACAUAUAUUGUUGUGGUGCAGGAACUGCUGCUGAUACAGAGGCUGUAACAGAUAUGGUUAGCUCACAACUGCAACUUCAUCGCUACCAUACUGGUCGAGAAUCAAGAGUUGUUACAGCACUGACCCUUCUUAAGAGACACCUCUUCAACUACCAAGGUCAUGUCUCAGCUGCCUUAGUUCUUGGUGGAGUUGAUAUUACUGGCCCUCAUUUGCAUACUAUUUAUCCACAUGGUUCAACUGACACUCUCCCGUUUGCCACCAUGGGUUCCGGUUCACUUGCUGCAAUGUCUGUAUUUGAGUCUAAAUACAAGGAAAGCUUGACUAGGGAUGAAGGAGUAAAAAUAGUUGUCGAGGCAAUAUGUGCUGGUGUGUUUAAUGACUUGGGAAGUGGAAGUAAUGUUGAUGUUUGUGUGAUAACGAAGGGACAUAAGGAAUAUCUCAGGAAUCACCUCACGCCAAAUCCUCGUACAUAUGUCAAUCCAAAAGGCUUUACUUUCAGCAAAAAGACUGAGGUUCUCUUAACAAAGAUUACCCCGUUGAAGGAGAAGGUGGAAGUGAUUGAAGGAGGAGAUGCCAUGGAAGAGUAGCAUUUACUUGAAAAGUGAUUGGCUUUUGAGUCUGAAACUUGAUAUGUGCAACGGUCGUGGUAUUUUGUAAUUUGUACUGUGGGAACUUUGACAUUUAUCUGCUUAAAAUGAUCUCUAUUUCGUUA